CCGGGCGGCGCGACGCGGCUAUGGCGCUCUUCUGCAUCAACAGGUACGGCGGGGAGGAGGAGCAGGAGGAGGGGGCUGAGGCGGAGGAGCGGGCUCGGGCCCUGCUGGAGCGGCUGCGGCAGCAAGCCAAAGCCCGGCAGCUGAGGAAGCAGCGGGAGGCGCAGGCCGGCGGAGGGGAGGACGAGCUGACCGGGGCAACCGGCCCAGCGCCGAUCCCCGGAGGCGAGCCCGGCGUUGGAAAAAGGAAGAAGGAGAGCGAUGAGCAACCCUGUGCACAAGGACUGAAGAAGCUAAAGAAGAAACGACAGCCUUGCAGCUCUUCUGAGGAAGGGGCGGGUACUGAGGAGGCAGGAGAUGGCAGCACUCCCUCGAAGAAGAAAGAAAAUAGAAAAUCGAAAGUGCGGCAAGAGAGGACUGAAGCAGAAUCUGAAGAACACAUCGAGCAAAAGGAAAACAGAAAUAACUUUAAAAAUAAGUCUUCUGAAAGGAAGAAGAGGGAUGAGGAAACAGAGGGAGCUGAAACAAGGGAAGAAGAGAACAGUGAAAAAGCUGAAGGAAAUCAGAGCACAAAGGAGGAGCUGUCCUUAGCCUCAGAGGAAGGGGCAAAUCCUCCACCCUCCAGUCUGGUGGUUCUUGGAGACUAUGAUAGAAAGCCAGUGCAGAAGGUUCAGCCCUUCUUACCACAGUGGCUUGCUCAACCCAAACUAGUGCAGAAACGUAUCAAAGAUAAUCUGAUUCCAAUCGGAGAUGUCCCAGGAAUUCAUCCCCGAUUGUUGAAAAAGCUGCAAAUGAAUGGGAUAGAGUCCUUUUUUCCAGUUCAGGCAGAGGUGAUUCCUGCUAUUCUACAGGGUGCAUCCAAUGGGUAUUUGAUGGGGCAGGGAGGAUACCGCCCCAGAGACAUCUGUGUCUCAGCACCUACUGGCAGUGGUAAAACCCUGUCUUUCGUCAUACCCAUAGUACAGGUUCUGCUAGAUCGAGUAGUUUGCCAAGUACGAGCUCUGGUUGUUCUGCCCACCAAAGAACUGGCACAACAGGUGAGUAAAGUGUUCAACAUUUACACUGAUGGGACAGGUCUGAAGGUUGUUUUGAUUACUGGCCAGAAAUCUUUUGCAAAGGAGCAGGAGAUGCUUGUCCAGAAAAAAGUGACAGGCUACUGCAGCCUGGCUGAUAUUAUUGUGGCUACACCAGGGCGGCUCACAGACCACAUUAGCCAGACCCCGGGGUUCAGUCUGACACAGCUUCGCUUCCUGAUUAUAGAUGAAGCUGACCGUAUGAUUGAUGACAUGCACCAGAACUGUCUGAACCAAAUUGUCAAAGCUGCAUUCCAAGUAGAAAAUUACGCUGGCUUCAACCUGCUUUUUCAGAGGACCAAACCAGGGCCUAUAACAGCAGCCAGCUCCUGCUAUCCCCAGAUGCCCUUACAGAAACUGCUGUUUUCAGCCACGCUGACCCAGGACCCAGAGAAGCUGCAGCAGCUGGACUUAUUCCAGCCUCGCCUCUUCACCUCUGUCUAUUCUGAGAAAAAAACACUCGGAGAUGGAACAGAGACUGAACAAGAUACUAAUAAGAAAUACACACUCCCUGAAGGGCUAUCGCAAUGUUAUGUGCCUUGUGAUCUGAAUUCCAAGCCUUUGCUCCUUUUGCAUUUUAUGCUGAGGAUGAAAUUUACGCGCGUGUUGUGCUUCACCAACUCCAGGGAAGCUUCUCACAGGUUGUUCCUGCUGAUUCAAGCCUUUGGUGGAGUCACUGUGGCUGAAUUUUCUUCUCGGUUACCUCCAAAUGAGAGACAGAGAACCAUGAAGGAAUUUGAACAAGGAAAAAUACAACUGUUGAUCAGCACAGAUGCCACUGCACGAGGGAUUGACGUUAAAGAAGUGAAUUAUGUAAUAAACUAUGAUGCACCGCAGUUCAUCAGGACAUAUAUUCACCGAGUUGGAAGAACAGCUCGUGCAGGAAAAGCGGGUGUCGCUUUCAGCUUGGUCCUUAGGAUUCAGGAGCGUAGGUUUUUGCGGAUGUUGAGGGAUGCUGGCAUCCAAGACAUAAAGAAGCACCCAGUGAAAGGCAACUCAUUAAAGCCAUUGGUGCAGCAAUAUGAGGAAGCUUUGUCUAAGCUUGAGAAGACGGUCAAGAAUGAGCGAGCACAGAAACGAGCCUGAAUGAGUGGAAGUGGAGAAGUUCAUGUUUUGUGGCACCGAACCUGCUGAGCAGGAUAGGUCAUGGACUGCUACCCAGCACAGUUAACAGUGAGACGUGGCCCCUGAAUGGAGGUGAACGGUUGGCUCCUCAGCCUCACCAUACACAGUCGGCUAUUACAGGCCUCAUUCCCCUUUCAAGGACACUGCGAACAGAGCUCAGUUACUGAUUUAAUAAAAAAAAAAAAAAAAAAAAAAAAAGAUUUUCUGAGGUACAGUUGUCUUGAAGAGGACUUUGCAUCGUAUCCUACUGGUAUAUAUAAAACUACCACCAGUGAAGAGAAGGGCCAUUACACAGCUCUUGGAGCAUGGAGCUGCUGGCCUCCGAAGGGACAACUCAUGGUUCUGUUUUCCUGUACAAGCAGCUGUAUCUGCAAAUUCAUAAACACCUACACAGUGUCUAUAGCAGAAGCACAUUUGAAGAGCUGCUCUAGGUUGAAGUGACUGCAACUUUUAAAUAAAUACUAUACAUAUUUUUAAAAAGGUGUCUUAAUAAAGAUUCCUGGGUACAGGGAUGGACGUAGUGUUGAAGGCA